UGUUUUAUAAGCAUUAACACGCUGAAGCGCAGGAAGGAGUCUUCACUAGGAUGGCUGGCGGGAUAGCCCUCGUGCAAGGAGCAAGCAGAGGGAUCGGGUUCCACUUCUGUAAGCUUCUAGUUCUAUCGAGACCCAAGGUCAGUGUGAUCGGGACAUGCAGGAACCCCGAGGCAGCCUUAGCGUUGCAAGAGUUAAGGGAGCAGUACCCUAAAGCGCUUACGAUCAUGAAGAUGGAUGUGACCAGCACCAGUGAUAUCCAAAACACCGCCGAAAAAGUCAAGCAGGAUUUCGGCAGCCUGGAUCUCUUAAUUAACUCGUCUGCCAUGCUGCACCCUAGUGGUAAAGGAGAGACAAGCUUGAGGGAGGUCACUGCUGAGGGUCUCUCUCAUGCAAUUGCUACAAACACCAUAGGACCUUUGAUGAUGGCGAAAUACUUUGCCCCGCUGCUAAUGAGAGGAAGUGGGGCAUUUGGAGCAGAUUGUUCUAACAAAGAAAAAACGCACAGCGCCGUAUUUGUGAACAUGAGCGCUAAAGUAGGCUCCAUAGGUGACAAUGCCCUAGGUGGGUGGUACAGCUACAGGAUGUCUAAAGCAGCCCUAAACAUGACCACCAAGAACCUCUCGAUUGAACUAGGGAGGGGAAAGAAUAAAGUGAUCUGUGUUUCCUUGCAUCCUGGAACAGUGGACACAGACUUGUCACGACCCUACCACAAGAAUGUCCCGAAAGAGAAACUGUUCACUGCUGAGCAGUCUGUGAAUUAUCUGAUGCACAUCAUUGAAAACCUAAGUAUAGACAAAACAGGGAAAUUCUUUUCAUGGAAUGGAACAGAACUACCUUGGUGAGAAAUGUUUUAUACAAUGUAUCUACAUAUUAAUAUUUAUAUAAUAAAUUCAAAUUGCACACUUUACAA